CCUCCUGCUGCGGUUCACAGAUGAUACGUUUGACCCAGAACUUGCAGCAACAAUUGGUGUGGACUUCAAAGUGAAAACUAUUUCAGUUGAUGGAAACAAAGCUAAACUGGCAAUAUGGGAUACCGCAGGUCAGGAGCGGUUCAGAACACUAACCCCCAGUUACUACAGAGGUGCACAAGGUGUUAUCCUAGUUUAUGAUGUCACAAGAAGAGAUACUUUUAUCAAGCUGGAUAACUGGUUAAAUGAACUGGAAACGUACUGCACAAGGAAUGACAUAGUGAAAAUGCUAGUUGGAAACAAGAUUGAUAAGGAAAACCGUGAAGUUGACAGAAAUGAAGGUCUUAAAUUUGCAAGAAAACAUUCCAUGUUGUUCAUAGAGGCAAGUGCAAAAACAUGUGAUGGUGUACAGUGUGCCUUUGAAGAACUUGUGGAAAAAAUCAUUCAGACUCCUGGACUGUGGGAGAGUGAGAGCCAGAACAGAGGUGUAAAGUUAUCUAACAAGGAAGAAGGAUAUGGAGGAGGAGCAGCAUGUGGUGGAUAUUGUUCUAUGUUAUAAACCUUGGGAAGCUUAUUCUUUGCAUAUUUAAACAGAUAGUGACAUCUUUCUGUACAUAAAUUCAUUAAAUGCUAUUUUUAGGGACCUUGCAGUUUGCACAUAUUUGUUUUGUAUCAUGGCAGUGAACACUUGUAGGAAAAAUGUUCUGCAGCUUUUCCAGUUUGAAAAUGUUAUGGUAAGCAUGCCUAAUUUGCAAUCUUCAGGUUUUUAUAAGUAGCAUAAAUAAUGUGCAAGAACAAAUGCACUAAAAAUUUUAUGACUGUAUACAUUCAUCAAGUAACUAUUCUAAACAAACCCAUGUAACAGAAACACAUUACUGCAUUGUCUGCUCUUUGUCUUAUUUUUAAAUACUCUUGAAAUUAUAGAACUGUAUAGCGUGCACAGAUCUUGAAAACAGUGUGAGCUAUGUAUGUUACAUUUCAUCUCUUCUAGUAAAUGCUUUUUUAUGGUAUUAAAACCAGCAAGAUUACACAGUUCUUAGACAAAUCUGCCAGAUUUUUCUUGUUCAGCAGAGCUGUCUAAAAUAAAAAUUGGCACAGGCCAUAAUUGAUAUCAGCACCUUCUUGAAGAGAUGCUUCGAAAGCUUCCUUUGCAAAGCUGGGGGACACCGUUUUUUCUUUUUAAUCAUCACUUCAGUUGAUGGCUUAACUGGAGUUUUAAUCCUGUGAUAUUUAUAUACUAAAUUUGUGGUACUCUUGCACCUUAGCUUUUCAUGAUGCAGUCUACUCUAGACUUGCUGUAGAAAGUCUUCAUUUUUGGCAAGAGGUCCGAAUGACAUAUUUGUUCUUUCAUUGUGAUUCAAUUUGCCACACUUCAGUACAGAUGUCUAAUUUUCCUAAGUGUUUGUAAUAUAACUUUCUCAAAGUGUAGCUCACUGUGGCUGUGAAGAUCUCUCAACAUGUCUGCUUUGUGCAGCUACUUGUUCAGAAAUAAACAGACACUAAAUGGGAAACUAUAGGGCUUCUUGAACGCUGUAUGGAAAAAUACUAUUGCAAUGAGUAUUCACUUGAAUUUACUGUAUCAAAGCCAAUGGUUUGUUUCAGAAGACUUGUAUAGACUAAUAAAUUUUUUUUCCACAGUA